AUGACUAAUUCAUCUAUAACGAAAUCCCAAUAUCUCUUACCCGGUGAACAUGAUAAUACAUUAUCACUUGUUCAUACUCAUGGAAUCUAUCGAAAUUUAUCAUUAAAUUCUUCUUCUUCAAAACAAACAUAUCAAAAGAAUUUUAUUUCAAUACCUCGUAUUUAUCAACCAAAAGAAAAUGAUUUUAUUAUUGGUAUUGUUAUUGUUCGUACACCUGAUUUAUUUCUUGUUGAUAUAAAUAGUAUUGAACCAGCUAUAUUACCAACUCCAUCAUUUGAUAAUGGUCGUUUACCAGCUCGUAAUACAAUGAAUCGUUUAAGUGUUGUUUAUGCACAUGUUGUACGUACAGAUUCUUGGACACAAACAGAAUUAUCAUGUCAAACAAUAGAUCGUUUAAAGAAAAAAAAUGAUUUUGGUCUUAUUGAACAAGGAAAUAUUCUUCGAUGUUCAUUAAUAUUAUGUGAAAAAUUACAACAUUCAUCAUUAAUAAAUCAUUUACAUAAUAUUAUAAAAAAUUUUCGUAUACGUAUUACACGAAAUGGUUUUAUAUGGUAUUUAACUGAUACAAUUAAUUCAAUGAUUGCUAUAAAAAAUAUUUUAUAUAAAUAUGAAUUUGAAAAUAAUAUUGAUUAUUUAAUAAAUCUUUAUCAUGAAAUAAUGGUAAAACUUCAACAACAAGAUGAUAAUCUUGUUAAAGUUAAACAACAACAACAACAACAACAACAACCAUUAGUAAAAAAAGAUAUAGAAAUAAAAAAAACUGAACAAUCAAAAAAUACUACUGCAGUUACACGUUUACUUAAUCAAGUUAUUCAAAGUGUUCUUGAUAAAAUUAUUGAUGAUAUUGAAAAUAAUGAAAAUAAAUAA